GUCAAGUAUCCCAAAAAUUAUCGUGCAACCAAUCUCUAAGCGCUCCGAGUCGUUGAUCCUACAGGAAUACACCUCAAUAUUCAUCUCCGACAUGAAUCCUUCUGAACAGCCACAGCCUCCUCAGGCUCAGAAGGCAUCUGUGACCAGACAACGGAUUCUACUUCCACAUGAACCGAAUUAGCUUCGCACUAGGAACCUCUGCAUAGGUCCUAUGGCUCGCUCGUUUGCUCAAGUCCCGAGUGGAAGCACCUAUUGGCCCGUCAAACCCACCGGCAUCUAGUGCUUAUUGCCUGUGCAUCAUGCUCCACUUCACCAUCAGCCGAGUAUCCUUGAUCGUUCUAUAAGAAGGGCCUUGUUCAACAAGAGACAUCACUCAUUCCAUGCAAAUCGCCAGUCAGCUUUGCUGAAGCCACUCAAAGCAUAUCGACAACUCGAGAAAGAGGUUAACACAACUCUUCAAUUGUCUGUGAUUUAUUCAUUCUACAGUUUCAUUUUACAAUGACGGUCAGCAAUAAACCUCUUGUUGUCAUUGCUUGCGCGACAGCCUCCGGGCACACGCUCCCUUUUCUCCCUCACGCCAGCCAUCUGACAAAGGAAGGCUUUGAUGUCUCCUUCAUCAGCGGCCCCGACUUCAAGAAUGCCAUUGAAAAAACCGGCGCAACCUUUUACCCGACAGAGAACAUAUACACUGCCGAAACCCUCCAGACGCUGGAAGCUAUUCCUGAUGGCCCUGAACGAGCCAUUUUCAACAUAAAGACAAACUUCAUCGAUGUGACUGCAACAAGAAUGAAGACGCUGCAGACCGUGCUGGAGACACUUCGCGAGAAACAUCCCAACCGAGACGUUGUCAUCGUACAGGAGCUCUUGUAUAUGGGCACUUGGCCGUUCAUCUUAGGUGCUUCUCUGCCGAAUGGCUAUGAUAAGUUUCCUAGGACAAUUAUCUUCGGCACCGGAUCAUUGCUUAUCUCAAGUAUCGAUACGGCACCUUUUGGACCUGGCCUGCCGCCGGAUUCGAGUGACGAGGGUCGUGCUCGAAAUGCUGCUAUGUAUAGUGCCAUGAAGGACAUGGACGCCGAGCUCAUCGACUACGCCAACACCGUGUAUACGAAGCUCGGGGCCACUGUCAAAGUGACCGAGCCUUUGUUCGACUUCUGGACCACAGGCCAUGACAUCAUGCUGCAGCCUUGCUCCUCGAGCGUGGAGUAUCCACGCAGUGAUCUUUCGCCUAAGGUCCGCUUUGUAGGCGGCACCCCGCGUACGGAAAUCGAUCCGUCAAUGCCAUUACCCGGUUGGUGGAAUGAUCUGAAAGCAAACAAGCAGACAGCAAGCCCGAGAAAAGUCAUCUUCGUCACCCAGGGUACAUUCCGCAUUGACUACAAGGAGCUGAUCAUUCCCACCAUCCAGGCAUUGGCUGAUCAAGAAGACGUCAUGGUCAUUGGCGUGCUGGGUGUGAGGGAUGCGAGGUUAGACGGCUUUGAGGUGCCUAGCAAUGCAAGAGUCGUUGAUUACCUCUUAUACGACGCGGUGCUCCCUUAUGUCGACGUAUUUGUCACCAAUGGAGGAUACGGCAGCUUCACGCACGGGAUCAUGAAUGGGGUUCCCAUGGUCAUGGCUGGAACGGGUCAAGACAAAGCCGAGGUAUCGAUGCGUGUCGAAUGGGCUGGAAUCGGCAUCAAUCUACGGACCGAUAGCCCUACCCUGGAGGCCAUCCGGGACGGCGUGGACAAAAUAUUGACUGACUCCAGCUUCAAAACCCGCUCCUUGGAAAUCCAAUGUGAGAAUGAGGAGCUCGACUGCGCGGCUGCACUGGAAAGGUUCAUCAUGGGAGCUGAGUCAUGAUCCUGGCUCACUUGGCUAAAUGCUUGGGGUCAGAUGACAGCAAAGUAUCCUCUGUUCAUUAGCCUUGGCCAUAGAACGUCGUUACCCCCGAGGAACUACAGAUCAUC